AUGCCGCUGCGCGCACACAUCACCAAUCCCGCCUGGAUGGCAGGCACACGGAUGUACUCGACGCCCACCGCGGACCUCACCAAGCCCCAGACCGACGACGACCCGGACGACGUCAUCUUCACCAACAACUAUGGCGUGCGCAGCAUCGAGCUCAACCGGCCCAAGAAGCUCAACUCGCUCAAUGGCUCCAUGGCCCGCAAGAUCAUCCCCAGGCUUCAAGAGUGGGCCAAGUCGGAGCUGGCAGGCGUCGUCAUCAUCAAGGGCUCUGGCCGCGCCUUCUGCGCUGGAGGUGACGUCGCCGCGCUGGCCCAGUGGAACAAGACAGGCGCUGCGGGCCAGCAGAAGAGCGCCGACUACUUUGGCCUCGAAUACAAGCUGGACCACCUGAUCGCCACCUACACAAAGCCAUAUGUCGCCUUCAUGGACGGCAUCACAAUGGGCGGCGGCGUCGGCCUGUCCAUCCACGCCCCCUUCAGGAUCGCCACCGAGAACACCCUCUUCGCCAUGCCCGAGACCACCAUCGGCUUCUUCCCCGACGUCGGCGCCUCCUUUUUCCUGCCCCGCAUGGAGGGUUCCCUCGGCACCUACCUGGCCCUCACCUCGGAGCAGCUGCGCGGCGUCGACGCCUUCUACCACGGCGUCGCCACGCACUACGUCCACUCGUCCACCCUGCCGCAGCUCGAGUCUCGUCUCGCCGAGCUGCAGUUUCCUGACUACAUGCCGCUCGACGGCCGCUUCAAGAUCGUCAACGCCACCAUUGAGGAAUACAGCACCGGCCUGCCCGCCGACAAGCCCGCCAUCUCCGGCGAGCUGCGCAAGACCAUCGACCGCGUCUUCCACGCCGACCAGCCCAGCAUCAAAGCCAUCCUGGCCUCGCUCGACGACGUGGCCGCCGCCGCCUCGUCCUCGGAGCCCCUCAAGACAUGGGCCACCAAGACCUCGGAAACCAUCCAGACCCGCUCGCCCAUCUCCGUCGCCGUGACCCUCGAGCAGAUGCGCAUCGGCCGCCAGUGGAGCAUCGCCCAGACCUUCCAAAAGGAAUAUGAAAUCGCCUCCACCUUCAUGGCGCACCCAGACUUCGUCGAGGGCGUGACUGCGAAGCUAAUCGAGCGCAAGAAAGAGCGUCCAAACUGGCAGCCCAACACGCUCGACGACGUCAAGAAGAGCGACGUCCACGAAUUCUUCGCCGGCAAGGCCAACGGCGAGACGCUGCCGCUCAUCAGCGAGGGCGACUACAAGGAGUACCCGCACGCCUGGAUCGGGCUGCCCAAGGAAGAUGAGAUUCUGCGUGAGAUGAGCGGGAAGAAGGCCGACGAUGCUGUCGCGAGUCUGCUCGAGAAGUACGACGGCAAGCAGGGUGUGCGCGAGAAGGUCGCCGAGGUCAUGCAGCGGUACUCGUAG